CUCGUUAGUUUGUGUUAUGUUUUGUCGCUAAAGCAUGUCGGGGCAGGAAGUCAAUGUUAUUCGCUUGGUUUGUCUUUCGCCACAGUCUUCUUAGCUCAAGCUUUCAUGCUGAACUGAAAUCAUGGUAACUUUUCAAAGAGCGAAACCAAAUAGGAAAACUCCAUGUUAGUGGGAAGACAGUAGUGAGUCAGAAGAUUGAAGUUCUUUCACUGGUAACCAGUUUUACAGUAUAGAAAAUGACUGAAGUCCAGGCCAUUGUUGUUUUUACCUUCUUGAGCAUCAUCUCAGCUCCUUGCGAUUUUUCUGACACGGGAACUUUUCGAGCCAACUAUGGUAAAGUAAAUUACACAGAGGCAGAAAAAGCAUGCAGAUCAAAAGACCACAGAAGUCAUCUUGCAAAAAUUAAAACUAUCGAAGACCUUCAGAUAGCUAAAAAUAUAUCAUACACUACAAAGGGCUUCAAGUAUUGGACGGGUCUCAGCGUCUGGAAUGGUAAUUGGAAAUGGAGUGAUGGAAAGACGGCGGGUGAACAACUUAUCGAUAUUGUGAAAAAUUAUAAUAACACAGAAGCUCUGUCUAAGGAACCUAAAAUAUUUUGUUGUAUGGCAACCCAUGAUCCUCUCCUGGUGUGUACCAACUGUAGCCAGGAACACGCCUUUCUGUGUGAAGACUUUCGAGUAAAUAACGUUUCUCAAGUGGACUCUAAUGCAAGCUGCAUCCCAACAUUUCCUCCAGUGAACGCUCCUGCAAGAAACGCUUCGUGUAUAUUCUUCGAGUAUAAAAGCGAAUUUUGUAAAAACAUAACCAGAAGUCUAUACGUCUAUGGUGAUCAGUCCACAUUAAAUACUGGACAAAGGGAAGCUGUGAACUUUAAUGGUUUUUUCAAUGUUCUUGACACGAUCACGCCGGAGUGCAGGCUCCCAUUUAAAGACUUGUUCUGUGGCUAUAGUUUCCCACAGUGCGAUGAAUCAUUGGCUCAGCCUAAAAAACGCCGCAUUUGUCGCAGCUCAUGCGAAUAUUUGCAGGUCGUUUGCAAAACAGAAGUGGCCUUAAUCAGAGAUAUACCGGCCUUUCAACGCUACAUGUACUUGACAGAUUGCUCGAGCCCUGAGUUUGAUUCCGCCAAUGGUGGCGAUGCUCCUGAGUGCCAUCAAUGGUACGAUCUCCCUGGUGAUGACACUGAAAGUACAGAUUGUUACUAUGGUGUGGGUGUUGGUUACCGUGGUAACAUGAACGUCACGCGGUCAGGUCGUACAUGUCAGUCGUGGAAAUCUCACGGUCCUCAUCGUCACUGGCGGAUUCCUAGAGAUGUUGCUGAUUCCAAAAAUGAUUCCAACAUGUGUCGUAACCCGGACAGCAGUGCCCCGGAUGGGCCCUGGUGUUAUACCACUGAUACAAAUGUUCGAUGGGAAUAUUGCAAUGUAUCCCGAUGUUCCUUUAGAGUUCCAGAAGAGGCCCCCACUUUCCUUAAAGGCCAUCCUCUCAAUUCAACUGCGAUUUUAAUCUCAUGGGAGAACAUACCUCCCUCGCGUCAUAAAGAAAAACUGUUGGGUUAUCGGAUUCAUUACCGGAGCCUCGGAUCAGAGCUUUAUGAAGAAGUAAACACAACGAGGAACGUGGCACCGUAUUUUAUAACAGAUCUCCAUCCGAACACAGCAUACGAGAUUAGGGUCAAUGGGUUCAAUGAAAUUGGCCACGGGCCAGUUAGUACUGUCCUUGUCUUAAGAACUCUGUCCUGGGGUGAAGAAAUAUUAGAGGUUGACUUCCAGCUGAUAAUCGACUCUGAGUUUAGUGAGGAUCUACUCAACAGUAGCAGUGAAAGGUUCUUUGAAAUGGCUGAACUCAUAAGAAUUGCAAUAAAACAACACUUCAGUGAAUCUACUUUGAAGAUAUAUGAUGUCAUAACAAUACAUUUUAGAAAAGGAAGCCUAAGGGCACACAUUAAAGUCCUUGCAACAGUAAAUACGAACACAACCAACGAGGGUGAUGCUCUUAACCAGUUGAUAGGAGGGGUCGGUUCAUCAUUUGGAGAUCGGCUUAAAGUCACUUCCAUACUUGUUCAGGCAACACCGAGGCCUCCUAAGAGUUUCUCCGUUAAUGAUGCACAGACAACAUACUUUAUUUUGACAUGGGAGGAGCCAGAGUAUGGUAGCUUAUACCAGAUAAACAACUACACUAUAGAGCAAAAGAUAUCAAGACUGAAGAACUUUACCGAAGUUUGGACAAUUCUUUACCCUGAAAACAGAAUGAUUAUAGAGAACCUAGAUCCCUCCACAGAAUACACCAUCAGAUUAUCAAGUAACAAUAUAUAUGGAAGGUCAGAGGGUGUAUUGUUAACACCAAAGACCUUGCCAGACAGAUUCAUCAGAGAUUUGAUGUUGGUUAUUAUCUUGCCCUUGUUCAUAGCUGCUGCAUUUAUAUUGGCUGUUUGCUUAAAGUUUCAGCCAAUAUGUAAAUCAAAACAGAAGAAAGAAGAGAUUGAGCUCUCUAAGGAAGUUGGAGACUGGGCCGAAAUUCCUAGGUCAGAUGUUACUCUCCAAGACAAGCUUGGGGAAGGUGCGUUUGGGGACGUUUACAAAGGCUUAGUGCGUAUGGGUGGACAAGAGAGAGCAUGCGCAGUAAAAAAACUUAAAGCGAAUGCUACAGAAACAGAGAGACGGGACCUGAUGAACGAGCUUGCAGUCAUGGUCACAGUUGGUGAACAUCCUUAUGUCUUAAGUCUCAUUGGAGCUUGUACCAAGACUGAGUCAGUACUGGUGAUUGUUCGUUUAGCCACAAGUGGCUGUUUGUUGGAUCAACUGAAGAGGAGCAGAGAAAAUCCAUAUCAGAAUGUUUCGAAAAAACAAAUAAACUUCACGCCCCAGGACAAACUGGAGAUUGCAAGGGAUAUAGCUCGUGGAAUGCUACACCUCGCAAGCAAAAAGUGUGUUCAUCGUGACCUUGCAGCAAGAAACGUGCUUCUUGGCGAGAAGAAUGUUGCCAUGGUUUCCGACUUUGGCCUGUCACGUGAGGUGUACGAAAGUGGAGAAUACGAAAGUACAUCCGGGGGAAUGUUACCAGUUCGUUGGAUGGCUCUGGAGUCUUUGGAGGAUUAUACGUACAACACGAAGACAGAUGUAUGGUCCUUUGGAGUGUUAUUAUGGGAGAUUGAAUCUGGAGGUAAAAUGCCGUAUUCUGGUCUUGGCGGAAUGGAAAUCAUCGAGUUUCUGAAAGCAGGACAAAUAUUAGCAAAGCCGGCUGGAUGCCCGGAUGAAAUUUAUGAUAUCAUGAGGUCAUGCUGGAGUUUGGAUCCUAAAAAGCGUCCAUCAUUUUCUGAGUUACUGGAAUCACUCGAGGAAGAAAUAAAGACUAAAGGCGAUUUCGUGGAGGAUAAGGACUGUCUCGAACAGGAGUUCAAGGGACGUACAAAUUUCUCAUUAGACCAGAAAAAUGACUUAGAUGGAGAAACUGCCAUGUAGCUUAAAGAGCUUUUGUAUCAUUUCAAAUACCUUUACGCUAACACUUAAAUUCAUUUUGGUCAUCUUUCAUUGCGCACGUUAGCUUUUUCAGCGGAAAGCCGCUCCCGUUCGCAUGAAUUAACUUUUUCACGUUACGCGUUUGUAUGUGAUCCAAAGAAAUCGUUGCAGUCCAUCAUUAGUAGCAGUAAUUAUUGCUGUCAUACCCCGAUAUAGCUGCGUGAAACGGGCCAUGUUUUUACAGUUCAUGGAGCUCUUUAUCAAGUGACGACAUCAUUUAACAAAUGGUAAACAUCACAGUAUACUUUAUUGAGUUUGGAUACUAGCGACCCUAGUUUUCUGAGUGCUUAGCAAUUCUCUCAAGUACAUCCAUAACCCAAUAGUGUAUGUUGUGGUGUUUACCAUUUGUUUUAGAACAAAACAUUGAUACACCGAAGCAAAAGAGUUUGCUUUAGUUUGAGAAAUCUUAUGUGGCCAGAAAAAUUAAGCGCGCGAAAACUAUUCUUUGUAUUUGCUCAAGGGAGCGUACACCCGUGGGCAAAGACAGAGCUGUUUAACGUUCAAGGUAUGCGGUCAACAACGCGGGCUCAAGCGUACGAGGUUUAAGAUUUAGCGAAAUUUGCGAAAAUAAUAAGGAGCUGGCAUUUAAAACCGAGGCAUUUUGUUGUCGUCGAAGACAUUUCCCUAUCUCCAAAGCUUUUAAGAAGAAAAUUAAUUUCCGAAAAUAUUCAGGGGGUGUAUAAAAUUUUUGGAAGUCAUUCUGCAAAAGAAAAGCGGUAAGGAAAACAACGUCUCGAAGCAACAGAAUAGAAAAUAAACCACGGAAACGACUCAAAAUCCAUGUUUCCGCGCCAAAACGUAGUGCGUGCGCAUACGCUAUUCAGCUCCGUCAUGGGCAAAUGAAGGACAAUGAUUUGACCAAUGAGAGCGCGCGCCUUACUUUGAUAUAAUUGAUAUUGUAAUUGUUUAUUCACAUAUUGCCGUCCAGUUCGAUCUUUUUGUUUUUCCCUCAACUCUCUUUACUGGCAGCAAUAUAUUUUGUGUCAUUUUUAUACUUUAAUUUCUACAUUUGAGACCCGCACCCAAGGUGUUUUUCAUCAUUAGAUGAAUAAUAGAGGAUACUCGUGGUCUUGCU